ACGCUCAUUUGCCGACAUUUUCUUGGGCAUACGAGUGCUAUUUGCGGACAAAAAGAAAAAUUUAACAUAUUUACCAUUGGCUGGCUGUCCUUCAAUGGCGCUAAUCAAAUUACAAAUUGUUAAAACAACUAAAAUGGUUUGAAAAUUAUUUUAGUUAAAUAGCGGAGUAACUGCGUGUUUUACCGGCGUACUAUAAGUUUGUGUAGUACAAUUAAAUAAUGUUGAUUUCUAAUUACUGUCCAAUGCACGCUCUUUUGCCGACAUUCUCCUGGGUAUUCGAGUGCUAAUUGCGGACAAAGAGAAAAAUGAAACAUAUUUACCAGUGGUUAGUUGUAUUUUAAUGGCACUAACCAACUUGAAAAAUGUUUCAACAUAUUAAAGACUAAGGAAAGGAGUUUUUAUAAUGUGAGGGGCUGUAAACCUCGUUAUUAAUACAUUUAAGAAGCGCUAUUUGCAAUGGUUGGAUAGAGUAGAAUUUUAGUGUAGUAUUAAGUAAACGUUUAUUGCAAAGGAACCUUAAAGCCAAGAGUCGUACAAAUGUGCCAUGCAUACUCAUAUACAAAUGUUAUAACUAACAAAAAAUGGAUGAAUCUUUCAAGAGCCAUUUUAUACCCUUAAUUGUAACAAAAAUAUAAUUUUCGUAACAAAGCCACUGCUUUUAGAGCACGUGGUCUGUCAACGUCAUUAUCAAUACCUUACAUAUAGAACUGCUGGUGACUUCCAACAAAUUUUUGUACUUAUAAAUAUGUACAUAUAUACAAUAUACAUAUAUGUGCGUAUAAGUUUUAAAUAUAAAUAUCAUAUGUUUGGAAAUUGURCCGCUGAUAUUAAAUUGAAUUGGUCGUUGGGUACAAAAUAUGGAAGUGUUAUGUUUUAUCUCUGGUUAUGUUAAACGAAAUACAAGUCUAGCUUUAUAAUAUCAAUAAUUGCUAUUUUCAUGAGAAAUAAUCUUGGCAUGUUUUCAAUACGAGCAAAAUUGUCUACUGUGGCCCACUGUAUCUAUGUAUAUAUUUAGACCUUACAAUAACGCACGCGGAAUCGUCAUACGAAUAUGUACAUAUGUACAUACAUAUAUACACGUGUAAAAAUUAUCACGACUUUUCUCAACACAAAGACGUUUACCAUUGAAAAUGACGCUGGAACUAGUGCUCUGCGUAGAAUGUUAAUUGUUUGUUACGGUGGAAUCAUAAAACAAACCAUAAAGUGACCCACGCAACACAACACAUACAGGUAGAAUUUCCAUUGGUGGCCCCUAGACAAAGCAGCACCCACAUUUUGAAUGCGAUCACGAACAGAGCAAUCAGUUAAAAAUAAAUAAAACAAGAUUCAGGCACCGUAACAAAAUUCGUUAGAACCGCAUGCAUAGUGCAUUUGUGCAGCAUGUUGCAAGUAAGAAAAUAUUCCUGUAGAAAACGCUUCAGUUGGUUACUUGCAUUGGCAGCAAGUAGACGGACAAAUUGGAUAAUUCAUAGAGGCGGSAAGGAGAACGAAGUGAAAUAAUUUUUUUUCUGUACACAGUGUAAAAAAAUUUAAAAAAAAAUGUUUUUAUAUUACAGAAUACUCUGGUUUUUAAUUGUCUUGAAGUGGGCCCACACACAACAGAUGCCUACAAUGCCGUACCCACAACGGUUAUAUUUCCAUAAACUGCAAAAGUAUCCCAGCUAUAAGAUUAUAAAUGCACAAGAGGCUAGAUUGGCAACAACAGAGCCCGCUGGUAUAAGCACCGAGCCAGUGGAAGCUGCUACUACUACAAGCACCGUAGCGCCACCAACAAGCAUUGACACAGCAAAUGGUUCUAGCACCGACGUCACAACUAAACCUGCUACAGCACCACUUGAAAUUUCGACAGGUAAUACUAUUUAUACACCUGAUGAGUUUCCGCAUGAUUUGCUUGAAAUUGCACGCUCAAAACUCGGCCUAAAGAGCCUUGACGAAGUGCCCAGUAUAAGUGAGCUCGCCGAAUUUCUUGGCACCGCCAAUGCGGCAGAGACCAUUAAAUAUAUACGACAAAUGACAAACACAGAACAAGGAAUCGCGCUGAUAAAAGCCUACCUUGAAUCGGCCGACUUCACCGAUCGCACCGAUGAGCAGCGUCGUCGUCAACAAAAACAACAGCAAAAGUCACAGCAGCCGUUAAGUGUAACAGCUACUGUUGACACAAAGAAACACAAUUUUCUAGAGCGUGUUGCUGCGUAUUUUCAUAUUUACAACCUAUGGCCGCAAAGUGGCAACAAYGAUGCYGCUGAAACGCGUAAAAAUGUCGARCAACAGCUAAGCAAAUACAUUAAACCACAGUUGGCGUAUAGAAAGCGUAUGCAAGCGGUAGCCACACAACAAACGCCCAACAGCAUAGCACAACRUAAGCCAAUGUUAGUGCGUAAUCCCUUACCUUAUCACUAUCCUGUGCCACUGCGCCCCAUUUCCGACAAUCGUGUGUUGCAUAAUGAUGCUGUAGUCAUGCCAAUGGCACCACCGGUGGUAUUUUCGCCCGUACAUUUGAACACACCUAAAUUCUAUGUGCCACCACAUAUWGAACUGGCACGCGCUACCAAUAUACCACCACAACAAUUGCAGACGUUGUUGCAAAGCAAACCAAAACUGGCAGAAUUAGCUGCCAAAGUGAGUCGUUUGCCACUGACCAACGACCGUUCCACCCGUAUUGAUGAACAACUGUUGGUGGCGGUGAAGCGUGCCAUCGAACAGGAUGAUGACUUGCGCAAACUGCUACAAAAUACCGCAGCUACACUUAAAUAGCUGAUUGUAGGCUUUUAAUUGUAUUUUAGCAUAAAUUAAUUAAGACUAUUGAAUAAAAUUUAUAGGGAAUUAUAUAUUUUACAAACA